AUGUUAGCCUGGCUAAAAAAGUGUUUAAACCAUGAAAAACACGAAUCAUUUUGUAAAUCAUUAUUUUAUUGGAGGAAACCAAAUAAUAAAACUUCUGUCAAAGAUGAUUCAAAUGAUUCAAAUGAUUCACACUUUUAUUCUAUUAUCCCCGUAAAUUUUAGAAAUUUCUUUCAAAAUGAUAAUUUUGAACAUUAUGAUCACAUAACUAAAUCAUUAAAACAAGGACAAAUGAUUCCAUACCUAUUUUAUAGGUUACAAAAACUUCUAUUCAUAUGUUUAAUUCAGGAAAUUUUUUUAUCAUUUCUUGUUACUUAUGUACCUACCGUACCCUCUCAACCUUAUCCCGUGAGAAUAUUUAAUUAUUUUGUAAAUAAUAAUUCAUCUCAACCAUUCAUUUCUUAUUUUGAUUUGUUUUAUUCUUAUACAUAUGCUGGGUUUCUCUACAUCAAUAUGAGUUGGUUAUAUGAGAUAUGUUUAUUUUGCUCUUCCUUGAUAUUCUGUGGAAUCUUACAUUACGAUAACGUAAGCAAAAACAGAGAUGUCAAGCUUGAAAAUGAUAAUAUAUUCUACAAGGGUCUAAUGGUUGUCAAGCAAUGGCUAAUUUCUUUUCUAUUUGAAACACCCAAGUUGUUUGAUAUUCCUUACCUUUCAUCAAGUCCAAAAGAUUUUUGGAACAAAAGAUGGCAACAAAUGUAUCGCCAAAGCUUCUCUGAACUAGCUUAUAAACCCACCUUUGAUUUUACUUUCGCCUCACUUAUCCCUUUAUUCUCUAAUAACGUUUUUAAUUCAUUCAAAGUCACAUCAACCAAAGUCAUAGAAAAGAAUGCAGUUCCAAAUUACAUCAAAAAUAUAAUAUUUCUUAUAGCACAUUCAUGUGGAGUGUUUGCAAGCUUUUUUUUGAGUGGACUAUUUCACGAAUACGUGCUCUUAGGUUUAUUUGGUAUUUGUAGUGGCGAACAAAUGGGAUUUUUUUUGCUUCAUGCGGUGGUUAUGAUUAUUUGGGAAGGAAUAGGUAUCAUGUUUGGAAGUAAACAAAUUAAGCAAAAAGUAUCUAAUGACAAAAAGGAUUGGGAAAAGAAGGACGAAAAAGAUCAAAUGUACAAAAAUGGUUCAUCCAAUACAAAAUUUGGAAUAAGAUUCUUACAAUUUAUAAUUUGGAAUUCUAUAUUAAUUUUUUCAACUCCUUUGAUGAUGGAGCCUUAUAUUCGUACUAGAUUAUUUAGUUGUGCACCUCGUUUAUAUUGUCUUAUUUAG